AUGUGGGUAGCCUGGUGUGUGGCUACUCUGGCCUCAGCUGCAGUGUGUGGCGUCUGCCAAGAGACAAAUACAGUCCUCAGGGUUACCAAGAAUGUGCUGAGUAACGCCAUCUCGGGCGCCCUGGAGCGCAGCGAUGCCUUGCAAUCGGCCCUGCGCGAGGUGCCCGUGGGUGUUGGUGGCGUCCCCUACAAUGACUUCCAUGUCCGAGAGCCCCCUCCCAAAUACACCAACGGCAAACAGCUGGGCGGGAACUACAGGUACGGCCACGUGGAGACCAACGAAAACACCGCCCAGCUGGGCGGCAAGUACCGCUACGGGGAGAUCCUGGAGUCGGACGGCAGCGUCCGGGACCUGCGAAGCGAGGACUACCGUGCUGCAGACCCUGGACGUGGCCGCUACGGAGGAUCGGGGCGGUACAGGUCGGCAGAGGUCCCCACCUCUGGGCACCGGCUUUAUCGGCGAGACCUGCGGAGAGACCUGAGGCCCGGAGAGCUCCCACCUGGCGUGGCCACUGGGGCACUGGGCCCUGGUGGCCUGCUGGGCACUGGAGGCAUGCUGGCAGCAGAUGGCAUCCUGUCCGGUCAAGGUGGCCUGCUUGGCGGAGGUGGUCUCCUGGGUGACGGAGGACUUCUUGGAGGAGGGGGCGUCCUGGGCGUGCUUGGUGAGGGCGGCAUCUUGAGCACCGUGCAAGGCAUCACAGGGCUGCGCAUUGUGGAGCUGACCCUCCCACGGGUGUCUGUGCGGCUCCUGCCUGGCGUCGGCGUCUACCUGAGCUUGUACACCCGUGUGGCCAUCAAUGGCAAAAGCCUCAUCGGCUUCCUGGACAUCGCGGUGGAAGUGAAUAUCACUGCCAAGGUCCGGCUGACCAUGGACCGCACAGGGUACCCUCGGCUGGUCAUCGAGCGCUGCGAUACCCUCCUGGGAGGCAUCAAAGUGAAGCUGCUGCGAGGGCUUCUCCCUAACCUCGUGGACAACUUGGUGAAUCGAGUCCUGGCCAACGUCCUCCCUGACCUGCUCUGCCCCAUCGUGGAUGUGGUACUGGGGCUCGUCAACGACCAGCUGGGUCUCGUGGACUCACUGGUGCCACUGGGGAUCCUGGGAAGUGUGCAGUACACCUUCUCCAGCCUCCCGCUGGUGACGGGCGAGUUCCUGGAGUUGGACCUCAAUACUCUGGUUGGGGAGGCCGGAGGUGAGCUCAUCGAUUACCCACUGGGGAGACCUGCGGUAUCCCCCAGGCCUAGGAUGCCAGAGCUGCCCCCUAUGGGCGACAACACCAACUCCCAGCUGGCCAUCUCUGCCAACUUCCUCGGCUCGGUGCUGACGCUUCUGCAGAAGGAGAGGGCACUGGACAUUGACAUCACCGAUGGCAUGUUCGAGGAGCUUCCUCCCCUCACCACAUCCACACUCGGAGCCCUGAUUCCCAAGGUGUUCCAGCAGUACCCUGAGGCCCGGCCGCUCACCAUCAAGAUCCAGGUGCCCAACCCGCCGUCGGUGACUCUGCAGAAGGACAAGGCACUGGUGCAGGUGUUUGCCACCUCGGAGGUCACAGUCUCCCAGCCCAACGACGUGGAGACCACUAUCUGCCUCAUUGAUGUGAACACCGACCUCCUGGCCUCCUUUUCCGUGGAAGGAGACAAACUCAUGAUCGAUACCAAACUGGACAAGACCGAGCUCAACCUCAGAACCUCAAAUGUGGGCAACUUUGAUGUGGGCCUCCUGGAGGUGCUGGUGGGGAAGAUCUUUGACCUGGCCUUCAUGCCCGCCAUGAAUGCUGUGCUGGGUUCUGGCGUCCCUCUCCCUAAAAUCCUCAACAUUGACUUCAGCAAUGCAGACAUUGAUGUCCUGGAGGACCUUCUGGUGCUGAGCGCCUGAAUGACGGAGCCGGAGAUG